UUAGACAAUCAGAUCAUAAGGCAGUUAAUUAUCUGUCAAAAACACCCGUACACACCCUCUCUUUAAAUACAAACACCUUUAUCACCGCUCAAUCAAUCAAAUCAAUCCUUCAUAGAUUCCUCAACCAUUCAAACACAAAACACAAAAGAGAAUCAAAGAAAACAUAUUUUCCCACAUAUCAAUUCAUAUAUAUACAUACAUACAAUCCAAAAACAUCAACCAAAAUUAACAAACCAGAAAAAUAUCUCAACUAGAAAAAAAAUGUCGUACUCCUCCGUUUCGCCUUCCGAGCAGCUCUGUUACGUCCUCUGCCGAUUUUGCGACACCGUCCUUGCUGUGAGCGUGCCUUGCACGAGCUUGUUCAAGAAUGUUACUGUGCGAUGCGGGCAUUGCACCAACCUGCUGUCGGUGAACACGCGCGAGAUGCAUGUUGCCCACUCCUUCUUUCCUCCACUCAAUCUUAUGGAAGAGAUUCGUAAUGUGCCGACUAACUUGCUCGUGAACCAGCCGUAUCCGAAUGAGUCGUUUAUGCCUGCUCGAGGGCUCGACGAGCUUCCCAAGACUCCAGUGGCUAACAGACCCCCCGAGAAAAGACAGAGAGUUCCAUCGGCUUACAACCGGUUCAUCAAGGACGAGAUCCAACGCAUCAAAGCUGGAAAUCCUGAUAUAAGUCAUAGGGAGGCUUUUAGUGCCGCUGCAAAAAAUUGGGCCCACUUUCCCCACAUUCACUUCGGACUCAUGCCUGAUGAUCAACCCGUGAAGAAACCAAAUUUGUGCCAGCAGGAAGGAGAUGAAGUGCUGAAUAUGAAGGAGAAUGGAUUUCUCUAAUCAAGAAGAUAGUGACACGAACAACGUCUUAUGUGUUAAUUAGUCUGCCUGCGGUUGCUUGAAUUGUUUUGGAACUGUUUUAAUGGUGGAUGAGGGAAUUUUGAAGCAAGGAGUUGAAAUAAUGUAUUCCCAAAAUAAAAUAUGAUGAGAAACUAUGAAAUCAAAAUAGUUCCAAACGGUUGGUAUUAUAUAUGAUUACAAAUUUG